AUGGUGAUCUACCUGCCUCCGAAGAAAGCCAUCCAGAUGCCGAUAGUGGGAGAAGUCCUGGAUGUUGGCCGCUUUGGGGGCCUGGUGGUGCGAAUUGGGGGCCAGUCUCCCUCGUCCACGGAAGUCCUCCUUCCUGUGUGCGAGCGACCUUCCGAGACGGCUCCGAGCCCACGGCGUUUCGUCCGUUUCACUCUAGAGCCGCAGGAGCUUUCCACCGGGGCCAUCUCCUGGGUGGGGCCCUACGAACCCCUGCAGCCCUCCCCUCCCUCCCUUCAGGAGAAGCUUCACACUGAGCCUUGCGAAGUGAUCGUGAGGCGCAGUUCGAAGGGCCCCUCCACCGUCAAGAGCCACGUUCUUUACCAAGACCGGUGUCCACUUCGGAGGCCUCUGAUCUAUCAGCACUCCCUGGUCCCUUCUCUCACGGACGCCCCGCGCCGGACGCAGAAGCCCAAGCCACGAGGACCCAAAAGGCGGGCCUUCCGCCCCAAGCUCCCCAGCAGGCCACCGGAAAGGCCUCAGUCUCAAGGCUUGGAAGAAAGGAAGGAGCUCCCAGAAGAGGACGGCGAGGAGCAGAAGGCCUUGGCGCAGACCGCCGGCGAUUUCUUCAGGCCUGGGAGCUCUCGCCAAGCCAAAUCGAAGACUACGAACCUCCCCAGUCUCAGCGUCAUCCACCACGGCACCGCUUGGAGGAAGUUGUCUCGGAAGUUUGACGCCCUGGCAGAUCCCAUUCUCUUAGAGGUGGCAGAAGAGACCAGCAGGUUCUGUUCGGACACGACCGUCUUGGCCCUGUGCGGCUCUGCUUUUCGCACACGGACAGGGCAGCGCUACCAGGAUGCUGUGCGCGCCUUGGGCUUCAAGGUCGUGACGAGUAUGGGAAGCGUCUCCUCUCUCUAUACCUGGGCAUCUCUUUGCAGCUGCGCAGAGAAUCCGAGCGACAUCGUGGUUGUGUCUGCUUGGGACUGCCUGGGAAGCUGUUUUGGGAUUCUCCGCCAGACACAUACCUUGCCGCUGUUGCGAGGGCUGCUGGUUCUUUGCAGCCACCACAAUGCGGCAGAUGCACAAGCGGCCACCAAUGAGGUUGUGCCUCCGUGCAGAUGGCAUGUGAUUCCCUCCAUGGCUUUCGGCUGA